AUAGGGGCGGUAGUCUCCCAUGCAGACAUAACCUGACAUCACAUCGCGCGCUCAACCCCUCUAUAUAGACCCUGCGUGACGCCACCCCCUCUCACUUAUCUAUCGUAAGCUCGGGCUGUCUGUGUGUACUCUCAGUCUUUGCCAUUUAGUUACGGACUGCGCGUGCCGCACAAGAGCGGUAGCUGAGGGCGUGAACGAACGAAAAAAAUAAGAGCGGAAAGAGACGCGAGUGUCACUAGUUCGUCGAAGAAACCUGGACACAUUAUUGUUGCCGCUCCCCACCUUGACUUUUUCUCGUCUUUGAUAUUCUUCUUGAUCAUCGGGGUUCUUUCUAAAAAUCUCUGAACCCCCUCUAUCUGACGAACAGAAAUGCGAGAGGAGAGCGUACAAGAGCCGGGGAGAGUGCAGGAGAUAAUGCAUCAGGCUGCUCCAGGCACCGGGGCUUAUCCCCCCUUUUCCCCGCUAGAUUGUGUGGAAUGAAGGUUCUAAGUUGGUAAAGCAUCACGCAAUAUUAGAGAUCAUGUCGGUGCCUUUGCUGAAGAUCGGAGUGGUGCUCAGCACUAUGGCUAUGAUCACCAACUGGAUGUCCCAGACGCUGCCCUCACUAGUGGGACUCAAUACCACCAAGCUCACCGCAGCGCAGGGAGGCUACCCGGACAGGAGUACUGGAGUGUUGCCAGCUAACCCGGAGGAGUCCUGGCAGGUGUACAGCUCGGCUCAGGACAGCGAGGGCAGGUGUGUGUGUACGGUGGUGGCUCCCCAGCAGACCAUGUGCUCCCGAGACGCUCGCACCAAGCAGCUCCGCCAACUCCUGGAGAAGGUGCAGAACAUGACCCAGUCCAUCCAGGUCCUGGACCAGCGGACGCAGAGGGACCUGCAGUACGUCGUGAGGAUGGAGGACCAGCUCCGAGGCCUGGAGACCAAGUUCAAACAGGUGGAGGAGAACCACAAGCAGAACAUCGCCAAGCAAUUGAAGACCAUAAAGGCGAAAAUGGCGGAGCUUAAGCCUCUGAUACCGGUGUUGGAGGAGUACAAGGCGGAUGCCAAAUUGGUUUUGCAGUUUAAGGAGGAGGUGCAGAACCUGACGGCAGUUCUGAGCGAGCUGCAGCAGGAGCUGGGUGCCUAUGACUACGACGAGCUGCACACCCGAGUCAAUAACCUAGAGGAGAGGCUGCGAGCCUGCAUGCAGAAAUUAGCAUGUGGUAAGCUGACGGGUAUUAGCGACCCCAUCACCAUUAAGACCUCCGGCACUCGUUUCGGUUCCUGGAUGACCGACCCGCUGGCUCCUGAGGGAGACACCAGAGUGUGGUACAUGGACGGCUACCACAACAACCGCUUUGUGCGCGAGUACCGCUCCAUGGUGGACUUCAUGACGACGGACAACUUCACGUCCCACCGGCUGCCCCACCCCUGGUCGGGCACGGGCCAGGUGGUCUACAACGGCUCCAUCUACUUCAACAAGUUCCAGAGCCCCGUCAUCAUCAAGUACGACUUCCGCACCUCCAGCAUCAGCAAGUCCCAGCGGCUGGACAACGCCGGCUUCAGCAACUCCUACCACUACUCCUGGGGCGGCCACUCCGACAUCGACCUGAUGGUGGACGAGGGAGGCCUCUGGGCCGUCUACGCCACCAAUCAGAACGCCGGCAACAUCGUCCUCAGCAAGCUCAACCCGAUGACGCUGCAGAUCAUCCGCACGUGGAGCACCAACCACCCCAAGCGCAGCGCCGGCGAGGCCUUCAUGAUAUGCGGCACGCUCUACGUCACCAACGGCUACUCGGGCGGGACCAAGGUGUACUACGCCUUCCAGACCAACUCCUCCACCUACGAGUACAUCGACAUCGCCUUCGAGAACAAGUACUCGCACAUCUCCAUGCUGGACUAUAACCCGCGGGACCGCGCCCUCUACGCCUGGAACAACGGACACCAGGUGCUCUACAACGUCACGCUCUUCCACGUGAUACGCUCCGAGGAGCUGUAACCGUGGCGGAUGGGAAGAAUGGACGUAUAGUCGUCAGACUUUUUAACGGAGGAGCGAAUAAGCUCCUGUGGAAGAAGGGAUGAGUACCUGGAGGAGAGAGGCGCUGAAGGAGUACGGAGUAAUAUGUGUGUGUGUGUGUGUGUGUGUGUCAAAUGUGUGUGUGUGAGACAUUCAACAUUCGUGGGACGCAUGAACAUAUAUGUGGAUUAUUGUGGCAUUGAUGCCGUUUCGCUGAUGACACGGGACAAAAUAACGGUGACCGGUUUGCAAACCAAAAAGAAAAAAAAAAAGAUAGAUACAUUAUAUUACAUAUGUAAAGAGAUCUAUGAAACAGUAAACAGAGAGAAGACUGAAAAAAAACAACAACAAAAAAAAAACAAAUCAGCAAACAGAUGCCAAAUAACGUUGCGCCUUUUUUCUACAACAUGAGAAUCAUUCCAUCGGCUUUGUUUCUGUUGUGACAAUCGCCUCUCCUUCGUGCUCAGUGGGUGAAGCUUCACAAUGGCAGAAGAUGGGAUUGGUUAUGGACAUUUAGCAAAGACUGACUGCUUCCUGUCCCUGUCUUGUUGCUAUAUGGCACACUCUCUCUCUCACACACACACACACACACACACACACACGCAGCUAAUGAAGGGGAACAAGAACGGUGCUACACACGAAGAAAAACACUCACACAUGCACAAAAUCAAAGUCACCACCUACGACCAUAAUCUGUCCACACAACAAAGCCGUCUAACAGUAUGAUAUAUCAAAAUAUAUGAAGAAUGAAAAUACAAGAUGGUCUAUAAAAGAAUAUAAGAGAACAUAGAACUGGAGGCGCAGACUGUUGGUGUUCUUGUAAUGUUACAUGUUAAAAAAAGCGUCAUCUGACCUUAAAUGUUGGAGAAGAAAAUUAUAUAAAAAAAAACAGCUUCAUUUUUGCAUGAACAUUUUCUACCACUUGACCUCUGCCAGUAGGAAUGCUUCUGUUGACGUGAUGCUGUGAAUCAUAGUUAAUGGGGAGGGGGGGUUGGGUUAGGGUGGGACCGGGGCUGUAUGUCUCUGUUUUUUGGGGAGGUAGUGGAGCUUUGGGGGAAUAGGGUUUGUCUUUUGAGUUUAAAAGACGUGUGGCUUGAAUUUUUGUUCAUAUUGGUUUCCUUGCCAUUUCUACUUCUCCUCCUCGUCUUCCUCCUCCUGCUCUUUAUCCUUUAUUCCCUUCUCCUCGCCUCUCCUCUUAUGCCCCUCACCCCAUGCCUCCUCCUCUUCUUCCUCCUUCCUCUUGAGUUUCUCUCUCGCUCUCUCUGUUGCUUCAGUUAACUCUUUCCAAAGUCGCCAUCAUGGUUGAAGCAGAAUGUAUGACAAGUUAAGUCUGCCUGAUCUGCCUAACUCUCCGAGUCACGGGUCUCAAAGUGGUCCCAGCAUUGGCGUGCGGGGAUAUCCAACAAACACAAACAAAGACAAAACAAAGCAUGGUUGAGAACCUCCAACCUAGCAGCAAAACAUAGCAGUUUCCCUUUUCUCAGAACAGAAAUUUCAGAGGUAGAGGUGUUGUAGGUCAAUCCUCUCCCAACUCCUACAUUACCUAGGCCCUCCUACACUCUAUAUGUGGCUUCGUCAAAAUACUGAUGCCAUUCACUUCAUGAUCUUAACUGACACCUUCUUUGUCAGAAAGGUGAAAUAGACCAGGAAGAUCGAUCCUCCACUUGAUCUUCCCCCUCAAUGAUUGGUCGAAAACGAGAGCCUGCACACCCCCAGUUGAUGGGAUCAUUUUGAGACCCGUACUCUAAAAUCUCACCAGUCUGCUUUGUAAUGUAGCCUCUCCGGAAGGCUUGUGCUUUCUUAGAGAGACCCUUGUGAGAUGCUACACGACGACCUUAUGUAUUCCUUAUGGAAGGCUGUGCAGUCCUGUAGUUCCUUAUGAGAGUCUGUGCAGUUUCGGACAGCCCUUUUGUGUCUUACAGCGCCUUGUGUAGCUCCCAUAAAAAGGCUUCUGGAAGCUUCUUCAAUUCUCACAAGAUUCUCCAACGGCUUUUGAGAUGCUAUGCAGUCUAAAUUAGCUUCAUGAGAAUCUCAAGAGAGUUUAUGGAAGUCUUGUGUAGCCUCAAUCAGGAGUUAUGCAGUGUUCUGAACCCCUUGUAUAUUCCUUAUGAGGGGCUUUGCAGAUUUCUUAUAAGAGUCUUACACCAUCUUGUGCAGUCUCUUGCGGAACCUACACAUUUUCGAGUGGAUCUUCCACAAGGGCAGUUGUGGCAUUUGUGGUGUACUGUGUGGCCUGUGCCUGUAAGAUCAAAAUUGUCCUGAGUUGGUCUUCUAAGAAGCUGCGUGGUUCUGUUCUGUGAAGCCCCUGUGAGGGUCUGGCACUGGCCUGUGUAGUCACGUAGCAGAGGGCUCUGGCUUUCACUCCGUCUGUGCUUCUGUUGGAUGUGUGCUGUCCCUGCCAUGAGUUUACGGUUCGUAUUAUUAAUAAACUGGGGAAUACUUAAGCUGAAA